AGGAGAAGCUUGUAGACCAUUUUAGCUGCAGAUGACAUCGAGUGACCCGAAGGAGAGUUUGAUCUGUCGUCGAGAAGGGAUCUGCCAGCAGCCGUUAGAUUUCUCAGUAUAUAUGAGAAAUAUUUAAUUUCAACGCUUCUUUGAAAUAUAUCUGGCCUUAUAUUGAAAAACAAAGAUGGGUGCAGAUAAACGGAUUAGCCGUACAGAACGCAGCGGCAGGUACGGCUCUGAUCAGUAUCGUGAUGAUGACCGCAGGGACCGGCGAGAUCGUGAUGACCGUGGAUACGACUCGCAUCGCUGGAGUGACGACCGCAGAAGUGACCGCUACGAUGGUGAACGAAGUGACCGUGGAGAUCGAUACUGGAGCAGAGACAGUCCUGAGCGGGGAAGGAAGCGGCGCAGCAGUGAUGGAUCUGAUGAUGGACACCACUCGGAUGGUGAUUACUCUGAGCAUGAUUACAGAGGAGACCCGGCUGAUGAGAAGGAGAGCAAGACCAUCAUGCUCCGAGGUCUGCCCAUGAACACUUUAGAGGCAGAUAUUCGAGCAGCCAUUGAGCAUCUGGAGGGUCCAAAGCCAAUGGACGUGAGGCUGAUGAAAAAGAGAACAGGUAUAAGCCGAGGUUUCGCCUUCGUGGAGUUUUAUCACUUGCAAGAUGCUACCCGAUGGAUGGAGACCAAUCAGAAACUGCUGUCCAUUCAAGGCAAGACUGUUGCCAUGCACUACAGCAACAACCGUCACAAGUUUGAGGACUGGCUCUGCAACUCAUGUGGCCUGUACAAUUUCCGGAGGAGGCUGAAGUGCUUCAGGUGUGGCGCAGCUAAAGCGGAUGCUGAGUCCAGCAGCACCAAAGGAACCACAGACGCCCAACCCAGCGGAGAUUAUUAUGGCGAUACCAUCAUCCUGAGAAACAUUGCCCCUCACUCCACUGUUGAAGCCAUUCUGACAGCACUCGCCCCCUACGCCAACCUCUCACCCGGCAACAUCCGCCUCAUUAAAGACAAACAGACGGGCCAGAACAGAGGGUUUGCCUUCGUCCAACUUGCCUCUCCUUUGGAAGCGUCACAGCUCCUAACCAUCCUUCAGGGAUUACAGCCACCUCUCAAGCUGGAUGGGAAGACUAUUGGGGUCGACUUUGCCAAGAGUGCUCGAAAGGACCUUUUAUUGCCAGAUGGAAACCGUGUUAGUGCUUUUUCGGUCGCAAGUACAGCCAUUGCAGCUGCUCAGUGGUCCUCCAGUCAGCCUCAGCAGAGUGUGGAGCCGACAUCAGAAUACAGCUACCUGCAGGAGGGAUAUGUACCAUAUUCACAGGAGUACCAGGCGUACUAUCAGCAGCAGGCUGGAGCUGUAGACCCUUCCCAGGCUAAUGGCUUACUUGGAGCGGCUCCAGGUGUGAAGGUUCUUCCUGCUGCCACAGGAGUGGUGAUCUCUCAGAGUGCGCAGGUCUAUCAGCCUCAUAUCAUUGGCCAACCAGCUGCUCAGGCAUUGCAGAUGGAAGGCAAAGCUCAGCUCAUCACAGCUGCUGCCACCAUUUCCGCCUCAGCAACCUCUGCAGUCACGGCUGCAGCAAGCAGCACAGCAACAGCUACCUCUCAGGAAAACCAAGCCACUAUCCCAGACACUUCAUCUUAUCAGUACGAUGAGUCUUCUGGGUAUUAUUAUGACCCCAGCACUGGCCUGUACUAUGACCCAAACACCCAUUACUACUACAAUUCCCAGACUCAGCAGUAUCUGUACUGGGACGGGGAGAAGCAGGCCUAUGUGCCAGCGGUGGACGCCAACAACGCGGCUCAAAGUGCUGCUGCCUCCACAUCCACUUCUCAGAAGGAGAGCAAAGAGAAGAAAGAGAGACCUAAAAGCAAAACAGCUCAGCAGAUUGCGAAGGACAUGGAGCGCUGGGCCAAGAGUAUGAACAAACAGAAAGAAAACUUCAAAGGCAGCUUCCAGCCCAUCAGUCAGGAGGAGAGGAAGGAGGCGGCGGCAGCAGAUGCUGGAUUCACGCUAUUUGAGAAGAAGACAGGAGCACUGGAGAGGCUUGUAACAGAGGCAUCCAAAGCCACAGAAGAAGAGAUCACCUCAUCAAAGGUGGGGCUGGUGGCGGCGUACAGUGGUGACAGUGAGCCUGAGGAGGUCACGGAGGCUGAUGACCGGGAGGACAAGCUGACCGACUGGAAAAAGAUGGCCUGUCUGCUGUGCCGAAGGCAGUUCCCCAAUAAAGAAGCUUUGAUCCGCCAUCAACAGCUCUCAGACCUGCACAAGCAAAACUUGGAGGUUUUCAGGAGAUCCAAACUGAGUGAAGCAGAACUGGAGGAGCUGGAGAGGAAAGAGACAGAGAUGAAGUACAGAGACCGGGCUGCUGAGAGAAGAGAGAAAUACGGUAUCCCUGAACCCCCUGUGCCUAAGAAAAGGAAGUUUACCCAGCCAACACCUGUAGUAAAUUAUGAACAGCCCACUAAGGAUGGUCUGAACAGUGAUAAUAUUGGUAAUAAGAUGCUGCAGGCCAUGGGCUGGAAGGAAGGCAAAGGUCUGGGUCGAAACCAGCAGGGCAUCACCGCACCUAUCGAGGCUCAGUUGAGAAUGAAGGGAGCUGGUCUGGGAACUAAAGGAAGCAACUACAGCCUCUCUGCUUCAGAUACUUACAAAGAUGCCGUCCGGAAAGCCAUGUUUGCACGCUUUACAGAAAUGGAAUAAAUUAAGAUCUGUCAUGUCAGUUUGAAAAAAAAAAAAAAGUCUGGAUUGUGACUUUGAUCGUUUGUGCUGAGGAGCAUUGUGUAUUUUAUUCUGACUUCAUCUCAAUUAAUGAACAUGAAAUAUGUGACUAGAAGAAUGUGUACAUAUGUACAAAGUCCUCGAGAAAUGUGAAGAACGUGUUUUUGAUUUUGAUUUGCUUUUUCCAAAAUAGAUCUUGAACUGUGUAAAGUUUAUAUAUGAUCUCAUUUUUUGUACAUAAGAAAAUAAAUGAGACUCAACUGAA